UCUUCACCAGGCAGGGCCCCUUGUUUUUUACUUAUUAUUGAAUAUCCCAACUUAUGAUGAUGAUGAUGAUGAUUGAUGUGCUGAUUUCUCCUUCUUUCUUCUCUGCCAAUCUGAUUGCAUCUAGUUUCGUGACCUGGUUUUGAGUUUUUGUGCCCACAGAAUCUGGAUUUUGGCUGUUUUGAUUUCAAUUUGUUUCCUGCUGAUUUGAUUUUGAUAUCUUCUAGGAAUUAAAACCUGAAAUCUUUUGCAUCUGAUUUCCAGAAACUACACACUAGGGGCCAUGGAUCAAUACUUUCAACAACCAGAGUAUGGUGGUACUUCAAUUGAGAAGUGCAUAUCAAAUUACCCAGAUGAAAAUGAAGGAAAUAAUUGUUCAUCUGGUGGAUUUGAAUGCAACAUCUGUUUAGAUCCUGUACAUGAUCCAGUGGUGACAUUAUGCGGUCACCUCUACUGCUGGCCAUGUAUCUACAAAUGGAUCCAUUUCAAAACAUCCAAUUCAGAAGUAGAAGAAGAAGAAGAAGAAAAGGAGAAAAUGAAACCACAAUGCCCAGUAUGCAAAACCAACAUUUCAGAAAGAAAACUUAUCCCUCUUUAUGCCAAAGGCCAAACUUGUUCUAAACCCUCAUCAUCCUCCUCCAAUGACAAAAUCAUAAUCCCUAGAAGACCUUCAAGUCCUCCCUCUUCAUCCUCCUGUGUAUCUCCAAACUGUCAGCAACAACAAUUUCAUCACCACCAAACAUUGUUACAGCCUGCGGCGGCGUUGGCUGGCCGAAUGGUUUAUGAGAGGAUAUUUGGGAAUUUGUAUAAUGGAGAGUACUCUUAUAGGCUAGCAGGAAGCAGUAGUCCUAGAAUGAGAAGGCACUUGGUGGAAACAGACAGAUCAUUGGGAAGAUUAUGUUUCUUUCUCUUCUGUUGUUUAAUGUUCUGUCUCCUGCUCUUCUGAGCCCUCCAUUGCUCUUAGGUUAGUACUUAGUACAAUACAAAAACUUUUUAUAUGUAAAAGUUAUGAUCUGGGCUAUAGACCAUUGGUUACUACAAGGUUGAAUUGGGUUCUUUU